AUGUAUCAUGCCAUUAAAGAAUGGGGUGGAACUCCUUUUGGCUUUAUUGAUGAUGUGACUAUUACCGUUGAAGGUAAAAUUGAAGAAAAUACCAAAAGCUUAAGCAACAUAUUAGAAAAAUGUUGUAAUUGGGCUAAAUCAAGAAUGACCAAAAUUGAUUUGGGUGAUAAAUUGGGUUUUAUUCAUUUUACAAAAAAUGUGAAACCUAAAGAUGAGAAAGUGCAACUUACUUUACCUAAUGGAGAACUUCGUGAACCCCAGAAGCAAGUUAAAUUGCUUGGAAUUACUUUGAACAAUCUGCUUGAUUUUAAAUCUCAUAUUUUGAAUAAAAUCAAUAAAGCAAGAAAAGCUGUUGGUGCUAUUUGGCAUCUUGGUGGCGUGCAAAAAGGUAUGCGAGGGUCUGCAGUCAGAUCACUGUAUAUUGCUUGCGUGAGACCAAUUGUCGAAUAUGGUUUAGAAAUUUGGCAUCAUAAAAUCUUGAAAGGAGAAAUCCACAAGUUGGAAGUGAUGCAGAACAUGGCUUUAAGAAGAAUUGUUGGUGCUUAUCGCACAACUCCUAUUGCGGUACUACAAAAGGAAGCUGGUAUUAUGCCAUAUAGUAUUAGGCUAAAAUUUAUGGUGGCACGAAAAGCUAUUCGUUUACACCUAAAUAUUAGCAAAACUAAUCCUAUUAAUGGUCAUUUGUUAACAUUGAUUGAGAAAUCUCCAAUUGCAAAGCUAACCACGCUUUACAUGUUGGCGAAAGAUGAUAGAGACUAUAUGAAUAAAAAGGAUGAAAAACGAAAAUGCAAGAGGGUUGAACCUCUUACACUGAAACAACAACAAAAUCAGACGAUUGGAAUUUUGAAGAAACAAGCAAUGGAAGAAUGGCAAGAAAUGUAUUGGAACAGCAGUAAGGAUCUGUGGUAUCAUAAUAUCACAGUGGAGUCGAAAUGUACUGAUAAUCUUUCCAAAAUGGUUACGGGAGUGAUCAUGAAGAAAGAUAGUCGAAGGAUCUUGAGUAAUAUUACUCAGUUUCGCACAGGCCAUGGCAACUUUGGCGCAUGGUUUAAAAAGUUUGGAAUUGAAAAGGAUAGUUACAACUGCAAAUGUGGAGAGCUGGAAACAGUUCAUCACAUUUUAGUUGAGUGUCCUUUGCUUGAAGAGGAAAGAAAAGGACUGAAACGGAUAUCUCCAGAAAUGGACAUGUCGACUCUCUUAAACAGUUUAACUGGCUUACAAGAGAUUGUAAGCUUUAUCUCUGCUUGGAGGGAUUAA